AUGAUAAGAAGCAGAUCCGGUAUUACAAACAUUCUGCAGACGGGCCUGAAACGGAGCUUUGCUGUCAGCGUGUCGCGAACGCUCAUAUACAAAUCGCAGCCAAAAAUUCCCAAGCCAGCAGUCGAGCCAGAGCAAGCAAGUGGCCCAGUGGCAGAUGCCAAAGACGAAGAGCGAAUGGCCAGACUUGAGCAGAGUAGAUGGUACAAAUGGACGCCUAGAAUUCUCAAGCCUUACGCGCGAAGCAUGACCAUGCGUCCACUGGGUUUUGGUAUUAGUUUUGCAAUACUGCACGAGAUCACUGCUAUAGUGCCAUUUCUUGGACUCUGGUGGUUUUUCCUUCACUACAAUUGGGUUCCGUUGGACGUGCCGCAGGAUUUACUUGCCAGAGGAGCCGAGGUGCUUUCCAAAGGGCUUAUAAAUCUGGACGUGGACCUGGUGGAAAAGACCAAGAUCGUGACUGCGGGAGCCAAUGCCUACGCCGCUACUAAGCUGCUUCUGCCGGUGAGACUGCCGGUCUGUUUUGCGCUAGCCCCAUUUUUCGACCGAUGGUGCGUCAGGCCUAUUCAGAUGGCAUGGAGAAGAAUGAGAGUGCGCGCCAAGGCAAAACGGACGGCCAACAAAGCUAGUGCUAAAUAA